AUCAUUUGGUGCUCUUGUUGACUUCACUCCGAUGUCGGAUGAUAUUCCUUCAUCUCAGCCCGGCCACAAGGACGAACGCAUCGACACCCUUCAGCAUACUAUGCAUCAGAUGCAGCAUGAUUUAGAGGCCAAGUUUGCUCGGCUUGAAGCAUUGGUGUUGGCUAACAGGCCGCCGUUGUUACCUACUCCGAACGCUCGGUCUCCAGGAGGUGCGGGUGACUCUUCUUCAACGACUCCAUCGCACCUGCCCAAACCAAAGCUUGAGGCUCCUAAAACAGACGGCUCUGACCCCCUUCGUUGGUUGUACAAGGUACAAGAAUACUUUGCCUUUUAUGAGACGCCUGUCGCGGAACGUCUCCGUUGUGUUACGUUGAUGUUGGAGGGACCGGCUGCAGAUUGGUUUCGUUGGCGCAUGAAUGGAAAGUUGAUCACGGGGUGGCUGGAUUUCAUGGAACAAUUCAAGCUCCGUUUUGAUCCCUUGCACUAUGUUGAUUAUUUUGGGCAGUUAGUGAAGCUUCGCCAACGUGGCUCCGUGCUGGAUUAUCAAACGGACUUUGAGAAAAUUUUACAGCAUGUGACGGGCGCAUCUGAGGCUAACCUGGUCUCGUUGUUUCAUUCUGGUCUUAAAUCACACCUUCAGCACGAGAUUGCCAUCCUAGCCCCGAAAACCCUAGCGGACUCGUUUGCGUUGGCCAGGGAAUUGGAGGCCAAGCAUAACGCCCUCCUCCAAGUGGUUCCCCCACGCCUCGGAUCCUGGUCCGUCUCCAACACUUCCCGCGUGGGAAACACUAGGCCAGGCCCUACUUCUCCAGGGACGGUGAGUGAGGACAAACCUCCUUUGGCCACUCCGAUACGCCGCCUGACCCGUGCAGAGAAGCUCGAGAAAGAUGCAAAAGGACUUUGCUACAACUGUGAUCAGCGUUGGACGAAAGGACGAAAGGUCAUCGUUGUGGGCGCGUGCGGUUGCUUAUCGGUGAUGAUGACGAUGCACCAGACAGUCCGGCCACUGAUCCCGCAGAGGCCGAUGAGGAACCCUUUCUCACCGCUGACAUUUCUAGUUUGCAGAGCUACUCGACGGCAACCCCACGGGCACUUCGGCUUGUUGGCACCAUUGGCCAGCGCGAAAUUCAAGUUCUUAUCGAUGGGGGAAGUACCCAUAAUUUCAUUCAUCCGGGUAUUGUUUCGAAAGCGCAGCUGCUUGUUACCCUAGUUACGCCCUUUCGUGUCUACGUCGGCAAUGGCGAUUACCUCCUCUGUGAUACUCAAUGCCUCAAUGUUACCUUGGGAUUGCAAGACCACCUAUUUCCGGUCGACCUUUUUGUGCUACAAAUUCAUGGACCGGACGUCGUUUUAGGCGUACAAUGGUUACAACUCC